AUGGAGCAGCAGGUGCAGGCUUGGCGCUGUUGUGUCUCCCCGUGGGUGGGCGGGGCGACAUGCCCCGACCGGGGGCGCCAGGUGCGUCAAAACAAACGCGCCAGACGCGAGGCUGUCUUGGAGGAGAAUUUUUUGGUGGUGGAAGCAGAUGUGCCUGACGAUGAACCGGGCAUCACCAAGUUGGAACGCUUGUGUGCCACUGUGGAGCAAAAGGGCGCCGGCCUCUCGAAGACCGACCUGAACGCUUUGUUGGACCAUGGGAUUCAUUGUGUUGAGACGAUUGCUUUCAUGCCACAGCGCAAGCUGUGUGAAGUCAAAGGCAUCGGGGAACAGAAGGCAGCCCGCAUCUACGCAGCAGCCAAGCAAUUGGUGCCGAUGCGCAUGGUGAGUGCUGCCGAGAUGCUGCAGUUGCGCAGAAACAUGGUACAAAUCACCACGGGCUCUGCCAAGUUGGAUCACUUGCUGAAGGGCGGGGUAGAGACCGGGCAGAUUACGGAGGUCUUUGGAGAGUUUCGCUGUGGCAAGACGCAGCUCUGCCAUACCCUCUGCGUAGCUUGCCAGCUACCCAUCAGCAAGGGAGGUGGUGAAAGUAAGGCCUUGUACAUCGAUACAGAAGGCACCUUUCGACCAGAGCGACUGGCCGACAUUGCACGGCGCUAUGGGCUGAAUGAAGAGGACGUCUUGGAAAACGUGACGUACGCUCGCGCCUACAAUGCAGAGCACCAGGAUCGGCUGUUGGCGGAGGCAGCAAGCGUCUUCUGUGAAUCUCGCUAUGCUGUGCUGAUUGUUGACAGCGCCACGGGUCUCUUCCGAACCGACUACAGUGGCAGGAAGCGUCGCAGCGCCAACAGCGCCAACAGCGUCGCAGCGUCGCUCCCGCGUCGCAGCGUCGCAGCGUCGCAGCGCCAACAGCGUCGCAGCGUCGCUCCCCGCGACGCAGCGUCGCAGCGUCGCAGCGCCAACAGCGUCGCAGCGUCGCUCCCGCGUCGCUCCCGCGUCGCAGCGUCGCAGCGCCAACAGCGUCGCAGCGUCACUCCAGCGUCGCAGCGUCGCAGCGCCAACAGCGUCGCAGCGUCACUGGCCCAACGGCAGCGUCGCAGUGUCGCAGCGUCGCAGCGUCGCAGCGCCACCUGCCCCCCGGAGCGUCGCAGCGUCGCAGCGUCGCAGCGCCACCCGCCCCCGGGAGCGUCACAGCGCAACGACAACGCAGUCACAGACGUUAAAGACUGGUGCUUUUCGCAGUCCGAAGAGCACUUGAAGCUGCAGGUCUCCAAGUUGCAAUACGGAUCCCAGCACGGAACCAUCGGCCCAAGUGGUUUCAGCGCGACCCGACAGGAGGAAUCUCCGAGUUUUUGUUGA